ACCGUGCCUCUUCACUGCUUGGAUUGGUAGGCUUCAAAAUGCUUGUUUUGUAGCAAGAAGAGAAAAUUAGUGAAGAUAGUGGCAGACAUACUUUUUUAACAUUUGUUUCAUAAUCUGAAAGAAGAAUAGCAUUUGGAAUAAUGGCAACAGGAGACGUAAAUGGAAGUUUAAGAAAAAUAGAACAAGGACUUCGCUUGUUAAAUUAUCCAAGAGAUGUGGAUUAUACAGUGUUAGUAAAGGGUGAUCCAGCUGCAUUUUUACCCAUCAUCAGCUAUUGUUUUACAUCUUUUUCAACUUGCAUAGCAGAGCUUUUGGUAAAGUGUGAUGUGGAACUGACAGCCAAGAGUGACCUGCGUUUUAUCGAAGCUGUUUAUAAGUUUCUUCGUGAUCAAUUUCAGUAUAAACCAAUUUUAACAAAAGAGCAGUUUCUUCAGUUUGGCUUUGCAGAAAGAAAAAUGCAAAUUGUUUGUGACAUUAUCAACUGUGUGGUGAAGAAACAUAAAGAGUUGAGUAACUCUAGUAAGGUUAAAUCUCAAACGAGGAAAAAAAUCAGACCUUUUAAAUUUGAAGUAUGGUCAAAUUGUGGUAAAGGUCUUGCUGAUCCAACUGGUAGUGCUCUGAAUUCCAAACAGAAGAAGCCUCUGGUUGAGCGGCACUCAGGAAAUGAAGUUAGUGGUGACGUUCGUCCACUACCCCUUCCAGCACAGGGGGGGAAUGAAGAAGAAUUGUGCCUAGAUCAGGAUAAUGUGGAAGUUAAAUGUGAACAAGUUAUAGAAGAAAAUUCACAAAUUGAGGUUUUAAAGAAUCAGCUUGCAGAUUUCCAGGAAAAGCUUCAGAAGCUAGAUUGGAUGGAAGAUAAGCUACAAGUUUUAGAAGAGAAACUGCAAGGAAAGGUGAUCAUAGAUGAGAAGGACUGGAAUAACUUACUGAAUCGAGUUUUGCUUCUUGAAACGGAACUGUUGUUACAAUCCCAAAAGAGAGACUUAGCAAAAGAGUUCAGCAAUAUAAAUCGAGAAAGUACUUCUAGUACCAUUCCAGUAUCUAUUGAUGCAGAGAGGAAUGAAGAGAUGCCAGAGAGACAUCUUCAGUCGUCUGGAUGCAGUUCACUGUUAUCCACAGACCAGUCUCCCAAAGACAUGACCAUUAAUUCUCAUGAUCUGACAGACAUUUCAAAGGAGACAAUAAGACAAAGAAUGGAAAAGAUAAGUAAAAUAAUUGAAGAAACCUUCAACUUGUUCAAAACACCAAGCCCGUCACUGGGAGUACCUGAAAGCACAAGUCUUCAGACCUGGUCUCUGGAGACUUAUGGGUACCAGAAAUAAUAUGUAUGUUUGUACAGCAUUAUAUUUUUAAUAUAUUGAAUUUGUAAUGAUCACUAGUGCUUUUUAUUGCUUUUAAUAAAUAUUUUAUUCAUG